UGCAGUUCGCGUCCGGAAAAUGGCCACAGAGUUUGAAAUAUGACCAAAGAAGGUAAACGGUGCCAGACUCCAAGUUCCCGGUGACCAUCCCCAGCCCAUACUCGAGUUCAGUGCCCGGCUCGGUGAGUUUUCGUCGUUUCGCAACGCCUGGCUAACUUGAGAAGCAAAAUCAAAACAAAAGUUGUCGUGGAGUGGGAUUUGUGUGAUUAGGCCACGCGCAGCCUGUUAACCGUUGGCCAUUAUUGUCCUUGCGCUUCCCGAGAUGGAUCCCGGCGUGCUGUACACGCUCGUGUACCUGGUGCUCUGUUUUUUCAUCAUCUUCCCCACGACGGAGAUCGAAUCUUUCGGUUUGACCGUGGAUAAUCUGUGUUCCCGCUACCUCACCGAUGAUAAUUUUGUGCAGUACCACAUGAAGCUCGCGACGGUCAAGAUGCUCAUCCACUUCACGAUGCCCGCCACGUACGUCGGCUACAUGCGCCUGUUGCGCUGGCUCAAUCCGGACGAUUUCGCUGCCCACGUCUCGCCAGUGAUGGUAUUUUUCAAUCACGACGGAUUGCUCCUUGGGGCCAUCAUUUUGCUGGCCGCGCUGGCUGUUACCAUUGCCCUGUACUGGGCCAGGGACGGUUGGAGCAAUGAUCCGACCGCAAAACACCUGCAGCAAUUCACCAACGAAACGACGAUGCGCGAUUGGCGCGCAGUGGCCACCAGCAUCAACGACGAGUGCAGAAGAAUUACAAAGAUGGUGGUUCGAUUGAACACUCUUUCGAAGCUGGUCGUGACCGAAAAUUGGAUGGUGGAAAUAAGACAAUAUGGAAUCAACGUAGCACAUCAGGACGCGGCCAUGAUGAUCGUGUGCGAGGUUCGCUUCAUCCCUAAAGCGCAAGAGAGAGAGAGAGUUCGUGCUUUCGUGCUUAAUGUCUGCUCUCUUCUCCUCUUUCCGCUGCUAACACAACAGGUCAACACUCAGGAUGUUAUCACGGACACGAUCGAGGAGUCACAGUUUGUGAACAUUACCGUCCAUCAGCUGCACCAGCAACGCCAGCAGGGCGCAGGAACCUCCAGCUUCAAACUCCGGCUGAACGGUGUGCACUACAACGAUCUACGCGAAAACAUCCGCUGUCCGGUGCACGUGCUACCGUCGGUCAAGUUUCAAAGCUUAACGGAUCGGUUCGUAGAAGCCUUCCGGGAGGUGAUUGCGCAGAAUGGCACCGUGGUACCGGUUGCCGGCGGUCCGAUCGCCGGUGAGAGCUGUAUGGCCUGCCUGCAAGCACAGCCAGACGUGAAGAUCGAGAAACGGUGCCUGGAUGUCGAUCAGGCGGGGAAUCAGCUACCGGCCGCCGAACGCUGUGAACCGUGCCGCUGUCGACCGCACUGGUGCCUUAGCUGUCUAGCGGUGUGGUUCGCUUCCCGGCAGGAACGUUCCGAAUGGAACACCUGGUUAAGCCGCAAAGCCACCUGUCCAAUGUGCCGGGCCCGGUUCUGUGUGCUGGACGUGUGCUAUCUAGAACCGAUACUGUUCAGCGCGAAUAAACACGACUCAUGACCACGGGUCACACGAUACACAAUAA